GGAUGGGAGCUUUGUUUCUUCUCGUUACGCAAGAGAAAAGGGCAGCGAUGAGCUCUACAUCUGAUCAAAUGCUAGCUGGAAACAGUAUUGUCCGAGGUGAUCUGCCCAGGUGAGGUGGUGUGGCGCUGACCGAUAUGGAGGUGGGAGACCUGCCUGUCGAGCUUUGGCGCCUCAUCUUGGCCUACUUGCCUCUGCCCGAUCUAGGCCGCUGCUGUCUGGUGUGCAGGGCCUGGAGGGAGCUCAUUUUGAGUUUGGAUAGUACACGUUGGCGCCAGCUCUGUCUAGGAUGCCCUGAAUGUCGGCACCCAAAUUGGCCUCGCCGCCCCCACCUGCCCCCGGCCUCCUGGAGAGAGGCUCUCCGUCAGCACGCUCUUGCCAGUCGUACUUGGACCCAGAACGGCUCAGACCUCCACUCGUCUGCCUGCCUCCACCUCUUCCGGCGGAGGAAAGACCGCAGGGUUUGGCAUGUUGCUACUGUGGCGGGGGGCGGAUAUGAGAGUCUCAGGGGGGCACUGGCUGUGGCUGGCCCGUAUGACAAGGUGGUGCUCCAUCCGGGUGUAUAUGAGGAACAGGUGGAGGUGGCUCUUAAAGUGCCUGUGGAGAUUGUUGGAAUGGGCAAGCUGGGGGACGUGUCAUUGUUGGUGAGCUUUGAUCAACAGUGCCCAACGGCGAGGCUGUGCAAUGUGGUCUUUAUGCCAGCCUGGUUUUCACCUGUGGUUUAUAAGACAUCUUCUGGGCAUGUCCAGUUGGACAACUGUAACUUUGAGGGCUGUCAACUGCAUAUCCGUGGUCCAGGAACGUGCCAGGCUCGUUUCUGUUCUUUCGCCCAAGGCAGCUCUGCCCAUUUUCUUGGUGUGACCAUCAGUUUAAUGGACAGUUGUGAAUUCUCAGGGGGCGAUUCUGCAUCUGUCACUGUGGAAGGUCCUCCGGUCUCUGAACGAAACUGGGCGUUCAAACACCUGGUCGCCUUGGCCAAGACCUUCACCAUGAUGACUAGUAUUGGGUCGACUGAAAUGUCAAAUCAAGGCAGGAAGGACAGUGUGAGCACUGGUAGUAAUGGAAACUCCCCUUUUGAAGGAAUUAACACAAUGGAGGACUGGAGUAAACCGGAAGUAGAUUGGGAAACAAACUGGGCAAAACAGAAAGGUGGAGAUAGUCUCCUUCCAGGUCAGGAUGGUACCAUGAUUGAGGAGGACGGCAUGGAAACUUCUAGUGAAUCAAGUGAAGAAGAUGAUGAUGAUGAUCUAGAUGGCGAGAAAAGCACAGGAUUGAAACUCUCAUAUGACCAGCAUGGAUUAGCGCAUCUCUCCAUGACGGAUAUGCCCAAUUCUGCGUUUCCUACGCUGUUGAAUCUGUCUGCAGAGCUGCAGAAGGAUGCAGAGGCACGGGAUUUGGCUGCAUCAGUUCAAGGCUGCCUGCUGCGUCGCUGUCUGCUACGGGAUGGAAAAGGUGGUGUGCAUCUGUGCAAUCAUGCUCAAGCUCGACUGGAGGCCAAUGUGUUCAGGGGACUCAAUUAUGCAGUGCGCUGCAUCCAGAAUGCCAAAAUGGUGAUGUUGCGUAAUGAAGUGUGUGGGUGCAAGGCAUCUGGUGUGUUCCUGCGACUCUCCGCUCAAGGUCUCAUCGCUGAGAACAACAUUCACUCCAAUGGAGAAGCAGGACUAGACAUCCGCAAAGGGGCUAAUCCUAUCAUACUGUGUAAUAGAAUCCAUAGUGGCUUGCGUUCGGGGAUCGUUGUUCUGGGCAACGGGAGAGGUUCCAUUCGAAGCAACCAGAUCUACGGCAACAAGGAAGCUGGCGUGUAUAUUCUUUUCAAUGGCAACCCUGUGGUCAGUGGGAAUCACAUUUUCCAAGGACUUGCAGCAGGCAUUGCUGUCAAUGAGAACGGAAGAGGACUGAUCACUGAGAACGUGAUUAGGCAGAAUCAGUGGGGUGGUGCUGAUAUCCGUCGAGGAGGUGAUCCAGUCCUCCGCAAUAACUUCAUCUGUUACGGCUAUUCAGAUGGAGUGGUGGUUGGAGAGAGAGGAAGGGGACUUGUUGAAGGCAAUCACAUAUAUGGCAACAGAGGCUGUGGAGUAUGGGUAAUGUCAUCUAGUCUACCUCAGCUCAUUGGAAAUCACAUUUCCCAUAACCGCAUGUAUGGACUGGCCGUGUUCUGCCGAAAGGACACAGAGUCUGCCGUGAACCGGGAAGGCUACCGUGCAUUACAGGACAGAGACAGAGGAGAACGGGACAACUUCAACGAGGAAGGAGAACUGAUGGCCUGGGAGAGUGACAUCGACAGCGAAGAUGAGCGAUUUUCCUCCAGGCGGCCAAUCACAGUUGCUCUGGUGGAAAACAACUGCAUUAGCCAAAAUGGAGCUGUGGGAGUGUUUGUGAAGAGCAGUGAGCCUCUGAAUGUGGUGUCCAACAUGGUGAAGAGUAACAGAGGAGCCGGUGUGUGUGUGAUUCAGAGCGCUCAGCUCACGCGUCUGGUCGGGAACUGUGUCCUCUGUAAUGGCUGGACAGGAGUUUCUGUUGACCGAGAAUGUCGAGUGGAGCUGCGUGGAAAUGGAGUUUACGGCAAUACCUGUCACGGCGUCUGCUUCAGAGGAGAUGGGCUCAUUGUGGAAAACGAUGUGGUGGACAACACUACUGGGGGAAUACGAGUGAUGGACAAUGCCGAUGUUAAAGUGUUGAGGAAUCGUGUUCAGGCGGUGCGAGGGUAUGGGAUUUCUGUGAAGCAGCUGGCUCGAGGUGUGGUUCAGGAAAACCUGGUUUAUCAGAGCCGCCCUACGACCACUAAAACCCCCAUUCGGACAAAUGCACAAAACCUGGAGUGUGUCGUACUUAACAACUCUCUGCUCACACCCAGAUCACAAGCACUUUGGGCCCUGGAAAACCCACCUGCUCGUCCCCACAACAGUAACCCCUCCAGUGUGACACCCUCCACAAUCCCUGCUCAUCUUGCGCUCACCAUGACAAACCGAAUCACUGCCUCUGUUGAAAGCGGCUGUCAUAAUAACGGCAGCAUCUUUUGCUCCAUUUUAUGA